UGUGAUCUGUGACCAAGAGCACAGAGGCUUGCUUCACUUUCAGGAACCAUAUAUCGAUCUCAACCAUACUAGGCCAGCUACGGUUCACUCUGCAAUGGCGCACCAAAAUGACAAUCCGUCGUCUCCUCGAUCAUCGACUGGAGGAGCCGAUUCUUUCAAGGGCACGCCCGACACUCGAUUGACCUCCAUGAGCCCAGACGAUGGUUCAAAAUCAGCCAGCCUUCUCAAGAGUUUUGCCCGCUCGGCUACCACCACGUCCCCCGCUCGGCUUCCUACCAGCAGCUUUCGCGGUGUAGUUUCUCACAUGGAUAAAGAUCCUUUCAUCACCUCCAUGCAUGGCGUUGGCACGAGAUUAUCACCAACAGCCUCAACAUUCAGCCCUUUUGUUGGCAACACUUACGUCCGCUUACCAGACGGAGAAGGUCCUAUUUCUGGCGCGCUGAGUACCGAUAUUGGAUUGUCGAGAAUUCUUGUUAUAUCAUCGCCCACCCAAAUUUCCACGCGUGAGGUGGAAGCUGUUUUAGCCGACAUUGAAAAAGAUGGCAACCACACUUAUGGCGCAAGAAAUUUCAAGACUCACAGUGGCGGAGUGUUUAUCUACUUCACCGAUAUCAGAGAUGCCUGUGCUGUACAGGCAAAACUUCAUCAAGUGGACAAGGGCUGGAAAAUUGCCUUUGCCAAUCCCACGCGCGUUGCCCAGUCUCAAGGCGCUCACCUGGAUGUAGGACAAGGUGCAGGAAGUUUGGAUUCUAAUCCUCGAGCUGAGUUGGAUAAGCUUUCCAGCUAUGCAGUAGGCCUCUCUCAUACUGGCCAAGUCCAAGUCUUUGUUGUAGUCCCGCCCGGAGUUGUUAUGGACUCGACUCACGUUAUGGGAGUGGCUCAUCGGUUCUUGCAAUCACACGGUCGCCUGUUCGCUUUUGUCAGGUUAUCUGCUUUCCCAAACGGCUCUUUCAGAGCUGUUGCUGAGUUUUGUGAUACCACCACAGCCUUCCCCGUCAUACAAGCUUGCAGUGGUGGCAUCUCCACUGAGGGAAUCCAGCUAUUCGCAUCAGCAUACAACUCUGACGCUUUGUCAGCCUCAGGGAUCACCGACGCAAUGGGAGAUAUGACCGUUAGCAAAAGAACAGAUGACCCCGGCCAACAACGCCUUGGUUCUGUCAGUCCUAACUCAAACUCAAACUCUUCUCAGGUUGGGCAGGGAGAUGCUCACUACAAUGCACCUGUAGCCAUGUAUCCAUUCAUGUUCCAAACGCCAUUCACGCCGGCCGUUCCAUAUAUGCUAGACUCAUUCCUGCCCCCGGUGCAAACAAGCUCGGGUAGCCCUUUGACACCAUUUACUCCGCAGUACCCUGUCUUUGGAACUUUGUAUCAAACGCCGCCGUCUCCAGCCCUUACCGCCCAGAACAACUAUAGUCCAUCGAGGACCUUCUCGGGGGCUGACAGAGCAGAUGCCCGCCGCCAGAAUGCCAUGAGAGUCAGCAGGUCUACUUAUCACAGCACAGCGACUCAUCAUAACCACGUUGACAUCACACGCAUUCGCGACGGGAUCGACGUUCGCACCACAAUUAUGCUUCGGAAUAUUCCCAACAAAGUGGACCAAGCCAUGCUUAAAAGAAUCAUUGACGAGUCUAGUUGGGGAAAAUACGAUUUCAUGUACCUUCGCAUCGACUUUGCCAACGAUUGCAACGUUGGAUAUGCGUUCAUCAACUUUGUGGAUCCUCUGGAUAUUAUUGAUUUUGUCAAUGCCCGCGGAAAUCAGCGCUGGAACUGCUUCAAAAGUGAUAAGGUAGCAGAGAUCUCAUAUGCCACUAUUCAGGGCAAAGACUGUCUGGUGCAGAAAUUUCGAAACAGUUCAGUAAUGCUAGAGGCCUCGCACUAUCGCCCCAAACUUUACUAUACAUCUAAUGGACCAAUGCCCGACCUCGCUGGGCAAGAAGAGCCGUUCCCAGACCCUGAUAAUCAAUCCAAAAUGAAGCGGAGUUGCGAGAAUGCUGAACAUGUCGGCCUCUUCACACCGAAUGCGGGGCAGCACUUUCGUGACGAACAGCGGCGCCGGCGAUCUCAGUAUGAUCGAGGAACUCGUCUUGCAGCCCUCGAGGAGUACGACUACGAGACCGCCAUACAGCAUCUCUACGGCAGUACGUCUUAGUGAGUGAAGUUCUAACUGAACUAUCUUUGGCCAAAAAAACAAAAGCCACCAUGAUUUUGCGGACGUUGUUGAAGUUUACUGAUUCUAUUUGCGAUGAUCGUUUUCACUUACUUCGGACGGACCAACCCACUUUGCUAUAUACCGCUUGAUAAGCCAUGAAUUUCACAAGGUAAAAUGAGGAUACGUAGC